CAGCAAGGCGUUGCUUUGGGGACCAGAGAGAACUUGGGGGCUCUCUUAACCCCUGUUUACCUUUUGAGUUUCCUUCAACCCCAAGACGCUGAACUGAAUCCACCUGCCCCUCUUAACUCAGGGAGUGAGAAUGGGGGAGACAUCCACCAACGUCGCCACGCUGAACAUGAACGACGCCCUCAAGGUCAGGGUGAAGGACGGCUGUGACGUGGAGGACCCGUGCACCUCCAGCCCCUGCCCUCAGCACAGCCGCUGCCAGGACGCCUGGGACAGCUACUCCUGCAUCUGUGACAAGGGGUACUUCGGAAGGCAGUGUGUGGACGUGUGCCAGCUGAACCCCUGCGAGCACGUCUCGGCGUGCGUGCACAAGCCCGGCUCCCCGCGGGGCUAUGCGUGCGAGUGCGGGUCCAGCCACUACGGCCAGUACUGCGAGAACAA